CGCCGCCGCCCACGCGCAACCCGCUGCUGCAGGAGCGCUGCAACAGCGAGGAGCUGCGGCACGUCGUCUGCCACCUCGAGACCAAGGAGCUGUGGGACAAGUUCAACGAGCUGGGCACCGAGAUGAUCAUCACCAAGUCCGGCAGGCGCAUGUUCCCGACGUGCCGCGUGUCGUUCACGGGCGUGCGCGCCGAGCAGCGGUACGCGGUGCUGAUGGACAUCGUGCCGGUGGACAACAAGCGCUACCGCUACGCCUACCACCGGUCGUCGUGGCUGGUGGCCGGCAAGGCGGACCCGCCCGCGCCCUGCCGCCUCUACAUGCACCCCGACUCGCCCUUCACCGGCGAGCAGCUGCGCAAGCAGGUCGUCUCCUUCGAGAAGGUCAAGCUCACCAACAACGAGAUGGACAAGCACGGACACCUGGUGCUGAACUCGAUGCACAAGUACCAGCCGCGCAUCCAUCUGGUGAAGCGCAGCGAAGCCAACGCCUCGGUGCCCAUCACCGACCUCGAGAGGGAGGAGUUCAAGACCUUCAUCUUCCCAGAGUCCGUCUUCACCGCUGUCACUGCCUACCAGAACCAGCUGAUUACGAAGCUGAAGAUUGACAGCAAUCCUUUUGCCAAAGGCUUCCGGGAUUCGUCGCGACUAACGGAAUUCGAAAGGGAGACGAUGGAGUCGAUGCUGGCGGAGCAGCAGUACCUGCGCGCGCCGCUGCGGCCCUUCUGCGAGCUGGACACGCACAACAACAACCUGACGCUGGAGGAGAAGGCGCUGCUGGCGGCGCGCAGCCAGCUCUUCCUGCGCGCGGCCGCCGCCGCUGCCGCCUCCGCCGCCGCCUCCGGGGGCGCGGGCGCCGCCGCCGCCGUGGGGCCGUACGGCCCACUGGGGCCCGCCGUGUACGGCGCCGGCCCUCUCUGGGGGCAGUGGGCAUGCCUCGGCCCCCAGCUGCUGCACGCGCACCAGCUCGCCGCCGCCGCCGCCUCCGCCUCCGUCUCCUCCGCCGCCGGCCAGCAGCUGCCGGCGCUGCCGCGGCCCCUCUACCCGGGCAUCGCGCAGCAGCACAGGUAA